AUAAUUUACAAAAUUAUUUUAUUUCAGAUACGUUUUUGGACGAAUUUAUUUCAUUUAGAACAAAACCAAAUUCUUAGAUUUGCAUUAUCAAACAAAAUACAGGUCAAUCUAGCGGCGGUGGACCAUUGGAUUAAAACAUAGUCAUCAAAAUUCAAAAGUAGCCGGCAGAAGGAAGAACAAACUGGAAGAGCUCCACCGUAAGGCAUACUCAUACUAAUACGGGUUAGGAUUAGUAGGAAGAAGGAGUGAAUGAUAUGGAGGGAGGACACCCGCCUGCUAGCAAGACAGAGUUCACAGAGUGUUGGAGGACAACAUGGAAGACGCCUUACAUAAUGCGUCUUGCUCUCUCUGCUGGCAUUGGAGGCCUCCUUUUCGGAUACGAUACAGGUGUGAUUUCUGGUGCAUUACUCUACAUUCGCGAGGACUUUCACGAAGUUGACAAGAAAACAUGGCUGCAAGAAACCAUAGUGAGUAUGGCAGUUGCAGGGGCAAUCAUUGGUGCUGCAAUUGGCGGAUGGAUGAACGAUGCCCUAGGCCGGAAAAAAUCAAUCCUAGCAGCAGAUUUUGUGUUCUUCAUUGGAGCAAUAGUAAUGGCUGUUGCACCAGCUCCGUGGGUGAUCAUAAUUGGGAGAAUUCUGGUCGGUUUGGGAGUUGGAAUGGCUUCCAUGACCUCGCCUCUCUACAUCUCAGAAGCCUCUCCUGCUAGAAUCCGAGGAGCCCUUGUCAGUACAAAUGGUUUUCUUAUCACUGGAGGACAGUUCUUGUCAUACCUUAUCAAUCUUGCUUUCACUAAGGCUCCAGGGACCUGGCGUUGGAUGCUCGGCGUAGCAGGAGUUCCGGCUUUGGUACAAUUUGUAUUGAUGUUGUCACUCCCAGAGUCUCCCAGAUGGCUCUACAGAGAGAAUAAGGCAGAUGAGGCUAGGGCCAUCUUAGAGAAAAUUUAUCCUGCCGAAGAAGUUGAGCGUGAAAUGCAAGCCUUGCAUGAAUCCGUCCAAGCUGAAAAGGCCGAGGAGGGAGCUGCUGGAGAAGGUGUGCUAGCAAGGUUAAAGGGUGCCCUCAACAACCCUGUUGUCCGAAGAGGACUCUAUGCAGGCAUCACUGUCCAAGUGGCUCAACAGUUUGUCGGUAUCAACACUGUCAUGUACUACAGCCCAACUAUUGUUCAGUUUGCUGGGUUUGCAUCCAACCAGACUGCGUUGGCACUCUCUCUGAUCACUUCAGGACUCAACGUGGUUGGCACUGUCAUCAGCAUGUGCUUCAUAGAUAGAUACGGAAGGAGAAGGCUGAUGAUUAUCUCCAUGAUUGGGAUCAUCACUUGCCUGGUGGUGUUAUCCGGGGUGUUUUUCCAGGCAGCAUCUCAUGCUCCACGCAUUAGUAACUUGGAAUCUACACAUUUCGGUAGCAAUUCUACAUGUUCAGCUUAUGUUUCUGCUCCUAAUCCUGGAUCAUGGAACUGCAUGACAUGUUUGAAAGCAGAGUGUGCAUUCUGUGCUAAUAAAGUCAAUUUUGCCCCGGGCGCUUGUUUGGCUUCCAAUGACGAAAUCAGGAGCUCAUGUCGGGGAGAACAUCGUGUGUGGUACACCAAAGGUUGUCCAAGCAAAGUCGGAUUCUUUGCGGUGAUCCUGUUGGGAUUGUACAUAAUUGUCUAUGCACCUGGAAUGGGAACUGUGCCGUGGAUCGUAAACUCGGAGAUAUACCCUCUGAAAUACAGAGGGACAUGUGGAGGAAUUGCUGCAGUUGCGAAUUGGAGUGCCAAUCUCAUUGUGAGUGAGACUUUUUUGACCUUGACUCAUGCUCUAGGUUCUGCCGGCACGUUCCUCCUCUUUGCCGGGUUUUCGGUCAUUGGACUCGUAGCGAUUUACAUGCUAGUUCCUGAAACGAAAGGAAUGCAGUUUGAGGAGGUUGAGAAGUUGCUUCAGAAAGGGUUUAGGCCCAAACCAUUUGCUCCAAGGAGCAAGGAAGUUGCCAAAAAUGUUGAACUUUCUUGAGUUUCUUAUAUGAAUUCUGAAACUAGUGGGUGUUCUAAAGAGACAUAUUUUAGUUACAAGUCAGUCUGUACAAGUCUUUGCAGAUUUUUGUUUUCUUAUUUUUUAUUUUUGUU